AUCUCGUUUUACUACUACUUAAUCCAUAAUCACAAACACAGAGAUCCAAUAACAAAACAACACCAAUAGAAAAUUUCUCAUUAGAAGAUCAUAAUAUAAUGGCUAAGAAGAAUAAUAUUGUGAUCGUCUUCGAUUUCGACAAGACAAUCAUCGAUGUAGACAGUGAUAACUGGGUCGUAGAUGAACUUGGCUUCACUGAUUUGUUCAACCAGCUUCUUCGAACAAUGCCUUGGAACUCUCUCAUGAAUGGUAUGAUGAAGGAGCUUCAUGAUCAUGGCAAAACCAUUGAAGAGAUCAAACAAGUCCUGAAAAGAAUCCCUAUUCAUCCUCGUGUCAUCCCUGCCAUCAAAGCAGCUCAUGCUUUAGGGUGCGAGCUGAGAAUAGUGAGCGAUGCUAACACGUUGUUCAUCGAAACGAUCAUUGAACAUCUCGGGAUUAGAGAGUUUUUCUCUGAGAUCAACACAAAUCCUGGUAUUGUAGAUGAUCAAGGAAGAUUAGUAAUCUCUCCUUACCAUGACUUCACCAAAUCUCCCCAUGGUUNGAAGAAAACGGAUGAAUAG